AUGGAUAUCGACAGGUUGUUCAAGACUCCCAAGUUGCCAGUUGGGGGCGGAAAACGGAAAUUGCCCGACAAUCCAACACCUGAAGUGUUGAAGAAGAUAAAGAUGGACGCGAGUUCUCCUUCUGGCUCGGGAUAUUCACCACAGAGCGGCUCGUCCCAAGUAAAAGGAAAGAGUCGCGCCGUGACCAUUGAGGAGGCUGACGAAGACAUCAAAAACCCGCGCAACUUUGCUCCCGGCGGAGAUGCAGAUUAUUUUGUCGAAGAGGACGACGAAGGACGGUUCUUCGGUGGCGGUCUAACCUCCGAGCAGAAGGAGAUUUUGAACAUAUUCGAUAAUGCAAACAAGCAGGAUGAGCCAUCGCAACUUUCAAUAUCAGGUAUCCGAAGAAUACUGCUUCAGUUUGAGCGCGCUGUAAACAAAAACCAAGACCAGCGUUCAAAGUACCCUGACGAUCCCACAAAGUUUAUUGAUUCAGAGGCUGAUUUGGAUAGUGCUAUAAAAUCUCUGCUGCCUUUGGCACAGCUCCCAGUUUUAUCAUAUCCUGAAAUUGUCAAGUCCGGAGCGGUGGCCCUUCUGGUCGGCCUUUUGAGUCACGAGAAUGUUGACAUCGUAAUUGAUGUUGUCGAGGUGUUCCAUGAACUCACCGAUGAGGAUGUGGGUGAUGAAGGCAAUGAUGAUGAAGAGGAUACAGCGGAGGCCCUUAAGCUUUUGAUAGAAGGCCUGUUGGAAAAUUCUAUAUUAGAAUUGCUAGUUGAAAACCUGAAACGAUUUAACGAAACAGAAGAAUCUGACCGGCAGGGUGUCUUCCACCUACUGGGCAUCUUCGAAAACACCCUGGGUUUUGAUCCUGCUCUUUCCACGCAGCUGGUAUCAAAAACUAAUCUCCUUCCAUGGUUACUUGACCGCGUACAGGCAAAAAGCUUCGAUGAAAAUCGCGGAUAUGCUGCAGAAAUCCUUUCGAUUCUCCUUCAAGAUAGUAUAGAAAAUCGGUUGCAGUUGGGUAAACAUGAUGGUGUUGAAACCAUUCUCAAGGUCCUCUCCCAAUAUCGAAAGCGUGACCCGGCUAAUGCUGACGAAGCAGAGUUCAUGGAGAACGUCUUUGAUGCUCUAUGUUCUGCUUUAAAUGAGUCUGAAAUAAAGAAACUGUUCCUGGCUGCUGAAGGACACGAUCUCAUGAUUUUGAUGAUGAAAGAAAAACUGCAGUCGCGGUCGCGGUCCAUCAAAACACUGGACUACGCAAUGUCUGGUCCUUCUGGCGUGGCCCUUUGUGAGGCAUUUAUUGAAGCUUUGGGACUCAAGUCGCUCUUUUCGGUUUUCAUGGGGAAUAUGAACAAAAAACAAAAGUCUAGCGAAACGCCGGCAUCGGAGGAUACGUCGCACACGCUCAGCAUAGUGGCAUCGCUCUUUUCCAAUAUUCCCUCCGAUUCUACUGAGCGGAUGCGAUUAUUGACCAAGUUUGUUGAAAACAAUUACGAAAAGGUAGACAAGCUCUUAGAUAUCAGGGACUCAGCCAAGGCCAGGCUCCAAAAAACAGACACAGAGAUCGCUGCCGAUAAGGCAUCGCCGGAUAAUGACAUGGAUGAGGACUCGCUGUACUUGCGACGCUUGAACGGCGGGUUCUAUACCCUACAAAUUGUGGAUUACAUUUUGGCAUGGAUAGUCAUGGAAGAUGAUGGGAUUCGAACACAUGCACUACAGAUGUUGGCGCGGAAGAACCAGGGUCUGGAAAAUAUCGUAGAGACUCUACGGUUGUACCACGAUAACGUUGACAACGGACAAGGGGAAUCCGAUGAAGAUCAGGGACCUUCACGGAAAGAAAUCUUGGAGGGUCUCAUCGGUGCUCUGGAUUCCAACGCCUCUACUACGUAG